AUGCUCAGUCGACAGACGAUCCAGGUGCUCCGUUGCAUUUCUGGGCCACCAUUGAAAUCGGCGUAAGUCUAUACUUAAAAGUUUCCAAAAUAAUAAAGUUCAAAAAGGUCAAUAAAUUCAGAGCACUUGCAAAGUACGAUCUGGUGAUUGUCGGUGGCGGAAUUGUUGGAUGUGCGACCGCACGCCAACUGCUCAUCGAGAGACCCAAUCUGAAAAUUGCUCUGAUUGAAAAGGAGAAAGAGUUGGCAGCUCAUCAAAGUGGACACAACAGCGGAGUAAUCCAUGCUGGAAUCUAUUACACUCCGGGCAGUUUGAAAGCGAAACUGUGUGUGGAAGGACUCGAUCUCUCUUACAAGUUCUUUGAUGAGAACAAUGUGCCGUACAAGAAGACAGGAAAGCUGAUCGUGGCUGUCGAGCAGGAAGAGAUUCCAAGGCUAGAUGUAAGUAAAUCGUUAGAUCUGUUCACUGUCAAUUGUCUAUAGUCCUCAUUUCCAGGCUCUUUUCGAACGGGCCAAAACAAACGGAUGCCGUGACAUCGAAAUGAUCGAUUCUGCGAAGAUAACAGAAAUUGAGCCUCAUUGCAAGGGACUUAAAGCACUUUGGAGUCCGCACACUGGAAUCGUCGACUGGGGAUUUGUGACGAAGAAAUUCGGAGAGGACUUUGAGAAGAGAGGAGGACAGAUCUUCACGAGUUAUCCGCUCAAGAACAUUUCGGAUAACCACGAUCCCUCGUACCCGAUCCGAGUGUCCAGUGAUUCUUCCUUCGCCGAAUUCGAAACGAAAAACCUGAUCACGUGUGCUGGUCUCCAUUCUGAUCGAGUUGCCGCCCUUUCCGGGUGCUCCAGUGAUCCGAAGAUUGUGCCGUUCCGUGGCGAAUAUCUUCUUCUCAAGCCGGAGAAACGGCAUCUCGUAAAGACGAACAUCUAUCCGGUGCCAGACCCGAGGUUCCCGUUCUUGGUGUUCAUUUCACGCCCAGAAUGAACGGAGACAUCUGGCUGGGACCGAACGCGGUUCUUGCCUACAAAAGAGAAGGGUACUCGUACUUCAGCAUCUCUCCCAGUGAUCUACUAGAAUCUCUCUCCUAUAGGUAAAGUUUGUGCUACAUUCUGAAUCAUAUUUCGAUUGUUUUUUCUUCAGAGGAAUGCAAAAACUCGUUAAAAAGCACUUCACAUUCGGUAUCAAGGAGUUGUACCGAGGAAUCUGGAUUAAGGCUCAAGUGAAGCAACUUCAGAGAUUCAUUCCUGAGCUGAAACUCAGUGACGUCACUAGGUUUGAAUGUGAAGCACGUUUAAUAAAUUUUAAAAUGACAUUUCAGAGGGCCUUCCGGAGUUCGUGCUCAAGCAAUGGACAGCGCCGGCAACCUGGUCGAUGACUUUGUCUUCGACAGCGGCACCGGAAAGCUCUCCUCUUCGAUUAUGCACGUCCGCAAUGCCCCCUCCCCGGCUGCAACGAGCUCUCUGGCCAUCGCCAAGAUGAUCACGAGUGAGGCAGUGAAGCGCUUCGCACUUUGA